ACAACGACGGUACCCGGUAGUGGAGGAGGAGGUAGUAGCGGUGGCGGCGACGGCGGCGGUUCUAGAGGUGGUGGCAGUGACAGUGGUAGUGGAGGUGGCGGCGGUAGCGCUGGUGGGGACCGUGACGGUGGAGGUGAUGCCGGUGGUGGUGGCAGUGCUGGUGGUGGUGGUGCUGCUGGUGGUGGUGGCGAUUGUGCCGGUGGUGGUGGCGAAGUUGCGGAGAAGGAGGAGAGGCCACCGGCUUCAGAGACUGUCGAGCCGACGGCCGCGUUUGACGUCGCAUCCCUCGUACUCUACGGCUCGCGCGCACUGCCGAUACGCCUUAAGAUCUUGCUCGAUCAGUUGUUCAACCAGUUGCCCGCCGCGCAAGUGACACGUAUCCUAGCUGCCUUCGGCUGGACCCACGAGGAUUACACGCGAGGAUACAUACUGCAGGACUCGCAGAACGGCCCGGUGCUGGACCGAUGGAGCAUCUGCUCGGCUGAGGAGGAGCCGCUGGUCCUGCAGCAGUUCCUCAGAUUCGCCGAGACGCGUCCGUUUGUGCAGCAGCUGCUGCUGGCCGCCGGAACGCCGGGUACGGAUGCUAUGUCACCGAGCAGACGACCUUCGCCACCGACGAUGCCACUAGCACACUUGCCGCCCCCGUUGCACAUGCUACACUGCGGCCUACCGCCCCCGGGUUCCCGGCUGCCGCCCCCGCUGCCGCCACCACCGCCGCCGCCGCCUCCGCCCCUGUCGGUGUCGCAUCCGUCGAUGUCGCCAACGACGCCGAAGCAUUAUUCCUCGACGGCCGGCAAUCCCGGCAUCACCAGCCACGCGAAUUCACCCCCGCGGACCAUCCUGGACUCCCAUCUCACGGUGUCGCCGUUGAAUCGGCUGCAGAGCAUGCAGCCGUUCGACUUUCGGAAGCUGAGUACUCUCGGGCUGCCGGCAUUUCCACCGUUGCCGCCGCCACCCCCGCCGUCCGCGGAGCAGCUCUUGCAGAAUCGCAAGUCUCUAAGGAACCCACAGAGCCCGCACAGUCCACCUCAUCAUCAUGCCGUAUCCGUCGCGUCGCAGCUGCAGAGGCCGCAUGUACCAGUCGCGCCCGUCUCCUCUUCAGCACUCACCUUCGGCCAUCCGCUCUCGGUCGCGGUAUCUUCCGGUGCGCUACCACCGAGUUUCCCGACGCACUUCCCGCCACCGCCAAUCGGCAAAUCACCUGGCGGCAUCGGCGCCUGUCUGACGGUGCCAGGGGACGUGCACAGCGGCGGCGAGAAGAGCAGCGAGUUCGGCUCGGAGGAGGAUGAAGAGGAUGAUGAGAACUCGGAUAGCGCAUUGAACCUCAGCAGACGAGACUCGUUGUCGAAGCAUGCUAUGUCUACCCCGGAGCAUCGUCAUCACUCGUUGUCGUUGCAGGCAGCCCCGCUCGGCAGGCCGCUCGGUAUUCCUGGCAGAAAGCCGCACUCGCCGGGCAAGCGGCCGAGUGGUCAGUGGGGUGCGGCCGCCAACCUGCCCCCGAACCUCGGCACGCCCUUCAUCAACCCCACCACCGGCAAGAAACGCGUGCAGUGCAACGUAUGCCUGAAGACCUUUUGCGACAAGGGCGCUCUGAAAAUUCACUUUAGCGCGGUGCACCUGCGCGAGAUGCACCAGUGCACCGUAAAGGGCUGCAGCAUGAUGUUCAGCUCGCGCAGGUCGCGCAACCGGCACAGCGCUAAUCCGAACCCGAAGCUGCACUCGCCGCACUUGCGCCGCAAGAUCUCACCGCAUGACGGACGCUCGUCGAUGGCGCAUGCGCUGGUGCUGUCGCCGCAGGUCAGUCUUCCGGUACCGGCUACCGGUCUCAAUCACCUGCCCUUCGGGUCGUUCCCGUUGCUCACACCACCGCCCGAUCUGCGCUCGCCCGCGUCCUUGUGCGCUCUUGACUUUAAGCACUUGGACUUGUCGUCCGCGCAGCCGGGCCAGGGCAGGCCGUACGACGACGCGCUGCAGCAGAGGAUGUCGGCGAACGCGAGUCUCUCGACGACCACCGCCUCUACGACGAUGCCGAUCGCGAUGUCGUGCGUCGCGGCCACCACAACCACCACGACGGCACGCGGUUCGUAUCCUGGUAGCGGCGGUAGCGGAAGUGGCAGUGGCGGUACCACCAUUGGCGCGGUCUCCCCGUCCACCCAGGCGUCGUCCAUGAUACCAGAGGGCGAGGAGGAUGAAGACGAUGACGACGGUGGAAUCGUCGUGGUCGCGGAAGAUGAGGGUAGCAAUUUGCCGUCUAGAUUGCAGCCGCUGCGAUCCACGACCGCGAUCGCCGGUGUAAUCGAUGAUGAUGACGAACAACCGGCCGACUUUAGUCUAGCGAAACGACCGAAGCUCUACUUUGGCGAUACCGGUGACGAUGAUCUCAUCAGCAAUCCUGAUAGUAAUGAGGACAACGAUUCGAUGAGUACCGUUGAUCAGCAACCGUUCUCCAUCAGCCAGCAUUCACUCAACUCGAGUUCCUUCCACAGCCGGGGCGUGCGCAAACGAAAGUCCCAACAUCCCACAAGGUGCGCCGUGCCGGCAGAAGUGCAUUCUUCAUCUACGGACGGAGACUCGUCGAACGAUGAGGAGCAGCGAGUACAGCGGCGAUGCCUGUCGGACGGCGUGGCCGCAUCCACGCCGAUGACCGAGUUCCAGAAUCAGCCGGAGGAUAUGUCGAUGUCCAGGCUCGAGGCGGAGGAGCGAAAAAUGCUACCCAGUUCGCCGAGGAAUCUCUGUGGCAAUUUUCACGAUCGCGAAUCGAACUCGCGCUCCCCGGAUGGCGAGAACGCGCAAGAACGCGACGCGACCACCGGCGCCAGCACGCGGCGCGACACUCUCACCUCCCAGGACAACACCGUGGAGGAUCUACCUCAGGACGAGCCGCGGGACUUGAGCUCGAGGGCGAGCAGCGUCAAGUCGCCGAAACGACAGAUCACCCCGGAACCAAAGAUCGAUAACGCUCAAUCGACGACGCCGAGCGGUGCGUCAUCGACCACGACGAUGACGACGACGACGGCGCCGACCGCGAGAGAUCCUGAUGCGACGUCGCCGAAACAGAGAGAUCGACAUGCGAGUGCGGAGAGCGACGAAGUGCCGACGAGGGUGCGGGAGGAGACGAUCACGAAGAGAGAAACCGCCGAGGCGUCGCGGGAGGAGGGGAGACCGGCAAACGACGAGGAGAACCAGGUGGACGACGAGGAUGACGAUGAUGAGCCCAUGGAGGAGGUCGAGGAUGAUGAUGAUGAUGAGGAGGUGGACGACGCGCUGCGUAAUCAGGAAGGUGAGCGUCCCGAUGAUCCCCCCCGUGCCCCGAGCUCGGUCGACAGCCGUCCGACGACAGCCGACGACCUCUCCCACGACUCCUCGACCAACACUUUGCGUCAACUCGAGUCCUUGUCGCAGGGUCGAUGCGCGAUGCCGUACGCCGAGACGCAGCGGGUGGCUUCGAGGUCUGGCCGCGGCUCUACCAGCCCUAUCAGCCUCACGACCCACCAGGAGACCACCAUGGACAACUCCUCACGUGGCUCUCGUUCAUCCAGCGCCUCACCCUCCACAGCGGCCAUGGAUACGGACAAUAGCCUGAUCACGUACGCGCGUUACGAGAAUGGCGGCUUCGUCAGCACCCAGGAGGUGCCGCUCGACCGUGAUAACCCGCGGCGCUGCACUGCCUGCGGCAAAGUCUUUCAGAAUCACUUUGGCGUCAAGACUCACUACCAGAACGUCCACCUCAAGCUGAUGCACCGCUGCAGCGUGGACGGUUGUAACGCCGCCUUCCCGUCGAAACGCUCGCGCGACCGUCACUCAGCGAACCUCAACCUUCACCGGAAGCUGCUGUCGACAUCAUCCAGCCCGCCGCUCACGUCCGGUCUGCCACCGAGCCUGUCACCGCGCGUUGAUGAUCCCCAGAUGGGUCCGCUGCUGCACAAUGAGUUCCUGGCGCGGCUCUACGCGGAUGCGGGGAUUGGAGCAUUGGGCGCGUAUCCGCUAGCGCCUGGUUUACCAUCCGCGGUCGAUCUCGCGGCGAGGAUACCACCCCCGCAUCCAUUGCUGUUGCCACCGCACCUGGGCACCACAUUUCCAGGCCUCACGUCGUUCGCGUCGCACCUGGCCGGUCUCAACGGCCUCACGCAUCAACAUCUGAAUCACCUGACGCGACUCACCCAAGAACAGGGCAACAGACACGCGUCCGCUUCGGGUUCUCCCGUAUCCUCGCCGGGUUCGGACGACCGCAAGGAAGAAGCCAGGUGCACCGUGCCCGGCUGCGAGCGGGUGUUCGGCUCCAGAGCGGUGCGGGACGCGCAUUCGCGAGAUCCACAGGCCCACCGCGAUCUUCCGAUCCUUUCUAGCAGCGGUGGCUCGUGACCGAGCGCGUUCCGCGGCCGCGGACACGGUGAUUAUUACUAUCAUCCCCUGCUGUGAUGGCAGAAACGGCCUGGACCUGACCACGUCACGACAUCAGGGUCAUCGGUGGAUUUGAGUCGGGUCCACUUCGUUGCCCCGGACGGAAUGUUCCAACGGACGUUCAUAGAAACGUGCAAUACUGAGUGGGAUGGAUCAGUUGAUCGUCAGGCGAUCGCGCGACUCGAGAUCGCAGAACGUCCGCCCUGAAGUGAAGCAGCAACGAGCCAGUGUCAAGUACCGGUCUUCGUCAAGGCGCAACGCGCGAUUCGCUGGGCUAAUCUAGUCAAUCCGGAAAUCUUGGUUCGCGCGUUGCCGGACGCGAGGGUGGAAAUUGCCGCCGGUUCCGUUCCGCCCGAUCGGUCGGGCGAGAUUUCGAGUGUCAGUGUCAACGAUUUAUUAUACAAUGCACAUCAGGAACGAAACGUCUCCGGCCACAAUUACAGCCUCACACCGUUCCUCCGAGUCUGCGACGAGUCGUUCGAGCUGCUGAUUUCGGAUCACGCUACACGAGAAAUGAUAAACAGCGAAACGAUGAGAGCUCAAACGAAUUUCCGAUGCUUCCUGAUUGAAUCGCGAGCGUGAUGCGGCACGUAUUCUCCAUAUCAUCGCGAGGAAUCGCACUGUGGUACUGGCUGGCGCAAGUUCAGGAAUUCAAGCAAACUGUGGAUCGUGAGGGUCGCGAUCGUUUUUCUGAGGGUUGGGAGGAGGGUCACGUGUAGUUUCGCCUGUCUCGGGUGUACUUAACAUAAUCAGGAGUGAAAAGAGGGUUGGUUGACGGGGAGGAGGUCCCUCAGGGACAGGCGGAAUCCCGGGGGAUUAAUUUUCAUCAUCGUUGUGAUAACGUACGUUAGCGGAUCACGCCACUAUUUAACCAGUAACCAGUUACUACCGCUGUAUAUAAUAGACACACAGACAUUAGUACCUUUCGAUGUAAACGCGUAAUUAUAUCGGCUAAGUUCUCUAUCGGACACACGCGCGCGAUGCGCGACUACGUUCAACGAUACGUUAGUUUUGUAAAUGACGACGACAGGGAGGGAUGUCACACCCUGCGAGAGGGUAGAGGGAGCCAGGAGGGCGAGACGCGCGCGCGUCACGUCGCGACGACGGCAGCUAGGAGGGAGAUGCAAUCUUAGUUUAAGACGACGGGGGCGUUGCACACCCCCGAGAGAUAGGUAGACAGAGAAAGAGAGGGAGAGAGAGGCUCGAAGGAGGAAAUGAAACGGCCGGGCGAAAGGGAGUAAAGACACAGGGGCGAGAAGGAUGGCGAGAAGAACGAUGGAUCGACCAGCGAAUCGAAGUGACGGGUCUCUCGCGCGCUAGGUAAAUGAGAAUAUAGAUAGAUUUUAUUUAUUGUUUCCUAGAAAUCUCCCCAUCCCCUCACGCGAAACACACACACACACACACACAUACACAUGUACACGUAUAUGUAUAUGCGCAACAUACGCUCACACACGUCGUAUCGGAGCGGCCAGUAGCGGGCACUGCCGCGAGUAUAAUUUCCUCCUUCAUAAAAUCGCGUCGCCGUUUUCGCGUGGGAAUUGACUGGUGAAUCUCGGGGGAUGUGUCGAAGUGUACGAGGGGGAUGAUAUCACGCGGGAACUCGCGUGUGCGAUCGGCGAUACAGCGGAGGUGCGAGCUCCUCCCGUGAUUUUUGUUUUUUGGUUGUACAUAUACUUUAUUUUCAUAUCCACGUACAUAUAUGUAUGCAAUAUGUAUAUAAUUUGGCGAUGCACACCCAUACACUCAUACACGUACAUACAUAGCCACGUGAACGUCGCGGCGCGCGUGCACGGGACACUCUUCGGGAGAAUGUACGUAUGUCCUAGAAAAAUGAAGAAAGGAGAAACGAACAGGUGGAGAAUGCGUUUUUCUAUGAGCCUUCGAUCCUACGUUUUGCAUUUCCGCUUACCGAGAGAAAGGGAGAGUGAGAGUGAGAGGAAGAAAGAGCGUGAUUCCCCCUUCUCCCGCGACACAUGACGAACUACCACUAUUGCAUACACAUUAAGGGCGAGAUGAGAUUUACAAUUGUAAUUAUGUAUAAACCGAAUGCUACGAUGUAUAUUAUAGAUCGAUUAUAAAGAACACACUCACAUCAUUAUGAGAAUAAAUACCUAUCAAAACUGAA